CGCCGCAAACGACAGAACUCCAUUCCCCAUAAUCCAGCGAUAGCGGCAUGCAUACAGAUAGCCAAUAGAACAUGAUCGCUCUGAGUUAAGAGGCGCAAGGAGACUUCCAGCCGCGUACCAGCCAGACAGUUUAGUUGCCAACGAACCAGCAGCGGUAUAAUCAAUAAUGCCAAAAUCAAAGGACGAUUUGUCAUCCUCUCCUGGAAGUGAAUCAGACAGUGAAGUGGAGACCAAGGCCAAGAGGAAGAAGCCAAAUGCUCCAGAGAAACCAGCCAAGAAGCCGAAGACUGGGGAGAGCUCCCGGGGAGGUGCGUCUUCCAAAGGUGACAGCAAAGAUGACAACAUGUUCCAGAUUGGGAGGAUGAGGUAUGUCACAGUCAGGGACUUCAGGGGAAAGGUCCUGAUUGACAUCCGUGAGUACUGGACGGACCCGUCAGGUGAAAUGAAGCCAGGGAAGAAAGGCAUUUCCUUGAAUCCAGAACAGUGGAGUCAGCUGAAAGAGCAGAUAUCUGAUAUCGACGACGCUGUGAAGGGACUGUAAACCCUCGGAUAUUGUUUAGAAGUUGAGCUUAAUUUUGCGUUUUUAGAUUUUGCCGCUGACGUUUACACUGGCGUAAAAAAAGGUUUUCCAACAGACAAAUUUUUUUUUCUUUUUUCUUUUCUUUAAAAAAAUUAAUAAAAAAAAAAGCCCCACGAAUCUU